CAGUGCAACUCGCCCUUCGAAAUCCAAGCAGCGGCAAACUGACUUGAUCGGUGUCAUCGACGUAAAGUUGCCAUUGCUGGUAUCCACGAUGUCAUUAUUGCUAAAGCACGGAUCUCCCCGCUCGGCUCCUGCAAAGAAAAUUUACUGGGGUGAAGUUGUUUAUUUUCAAAACUUUACCGAGAUACACACCCCUUUAUAUAUCGCCAAUGACGCGGCGUCAAGUCCUUUCACUGCUUGCUGUAAACCACAGGUUAUCAAAUUGGAACUGAACGGAUUUCACGGAACAUCGCCGUUCGGAAGGUUGCAAUACUUUCUCCUAUCAUCGUCUCCAAACCUUCCAGCGGUUGAGACAUUCACAACCCAAGUUUAACGCACAAUUCUAUUAGAACCCACCACCAAGCAGCAAAUCUGAUAGAGCAAAGAGAGCAAUUGCAGGGCUUUCCGAUUGUCCAAUGAAAUGCCAUCAAAUGUUCUCCGAAUCUUGUCAAAACGCACUGACACCAUAAAUAUGCAGCAUGGAUGUGGACAAGGACAUGUAACUAGUCUAGGCUUCCUUUGAUCUGCAAUAGCUCUCUCAGGAGGAACCAAUAGGCCAGAAUGCCCAGUUGCCAUGCCGUGGGGACGUAAGGCUCCAGAACAGCUUGAAAGAAAGGUUUAAUUGACUCCUAAAUUAUGAUCAUGGGAUGUACGUUGUCGCCGCGGAGGCUGUCUCGUUCAGCCGCAUACCGAUCCAGCCAGCCUCCACCGCCUUAUUCCACGUCGGAUCCUCGCCCUCUUCCAUACAGUCCUUUCACGCCAACCGCCAGGCUCUUUUCGCGGCGGAAUUCAUCAAGGCCGUCCGAUUCAUUGGCGGCAAGCGAUAUCCGAGACGAAUUAUGUUUCUCAAAAGAAAUGCUGCUAUGCUCCCUUCGCAUCGUCGCCGAAUAUCUUUAUCAACAAGGCGCACAUAUUACCAUAAUAGCCCUGUGCAGAUGUCGUGGAUAUGGUUCAUCUUGAUAUCCUGCGUUGCUCCGAUGACAUAGCCUUUUUCAACUACCGGCUCACAAGGGAAGAGACUAACGUCCUUAGCGAUGCCGUUGACGAAGCCAUACUGAGGCAGGGCCUUGUGAUUCCAACGUCCUAUCAGAUUUGCAGUUCCCGCAACGGCUGGGCGAACGCUUGACGGACGACUCAAUCCUCUAGUUUCAUGUGAUUUACCAUAGGGGAGGGCUUACUGUCCUCGCUCCGCCAUGGAACUACAUAUUCUGUUGCUAGGUUUACUUUUUGGAUGCUCACCAGGAUAUUUACACAUCUGAUGAUCUGGAUGAUGCCGUGGAGUAUCUAGAGGAAUAUCUGGUGCGGGAGCGUAUUCGCACAGUUCCAUACUCCGAUAUCCGGAGGUGGGCCGUUAAAUACUGUCUGCAUCUACCUAGACGCAUUCUCGCAGAGGUUAACAAUCACUACCACUUGAGAUUUGGUAGGAACCCAAUUGACUUUUCGACAUAAUGGGGUAUAUGUUCGCAGAGCCUGUCCGAUGCCAGAGGCCAUCUAUGGCCUGUCCACAGGUCACCGACUUGGGGAUGGGUCGGAAUGUUUGACACUUGGGAAGCUGCGUGGCUGAUCCUAACCUUCCCUUCUUUGUUUUCUUGCAAUCAUCGAUCUAUAUUACUUAUUUGUUACUUCUUAUUCUAUGGUGGAGGAUUAUCUGAAGACUAUGCGAAGCUGGCAUAUCUGACAACCCACAAUCAAGUCGCGUUAUAGCCGUUUGCCCAUGCAGCCAUUGCAGGGGUGCUGCCAGCUUGUGCGCAUGAGGAUACUUUGCGUUUCAUUUCUAUAAUUUUAAAGCUGUCUUCCUAUUUUCAGUUCAUUUUUGUUUUUUACUUAGGGUGCUUUAUGGGUAACCCAUGUUCAUUAUCUGAUUCUGUUUGGUUGUUUGGUGAUUUUUAACAAAAAACUCCUAGCUAGCCCAGGUAACGUGCGAAACCUUGCUGUUGGAAUUAUGUUGGGGAUGAGCAGGAAUUUUUCCAUUGGAUAUCUUCGCCUACAUACUGGUCAAUGAUAAGAAAUAAAAAAUAAAAAAGUAAAAAGUAAAAAGGAAAAGUAAAGGAGAAUAGGAGAAAAUAAGAACCCUCAAAUCAUUAAGUUUAC